AUGGACAGUCUCUGCUUUCGGACUUCUCCAGGCCUCGUGGGGAUGCCAUUCCAGGCAUCAGCCGCCGCCGGCGUGGGGGAGACGCUGGCUGCUUCUCGACGCAGUUACAUGCAGCCAAGACAGCCGAAGAUGAUGCGACCCCGAGGAGGCGGAUCAGUUGAGAGAGGAAAUAAAGAGCUCGCUGGUCUACAAGAGGAGAGAGGGAGGAGGGAACAUGAGAGAGAGGCGGCAUCCUCCUCACGGCACCGUAGGGGAAACUGGGUCUUCAAGAUAUUGCGCGUAGGAUCGAUUUCGGCGGCGGAGGACCGGAAGCGAGGAAGAAGAAGCGGCGGUGGGGUGAAUGACGAUCAGAUUUUUGAUGAUGGGGAACGUUGCUCGAGCUGCCAGGUCGGCGGUGGGGAGGGCGAAGUGAAGCUUGAAAGGGACUCCUUCAGGAGGAUGCUCCGGCGGGUUUCUCUGCCGGAGGCCAGGUUAUUCGGUCGGCUAUCAUAUCUCGGCAGGCUCGCGUAUAAUAUCCCAAGAAUCAAGGUGACCCGUUAAACCAGAACUCCGCGUUGUUCAUCUGUUUCAUCAUUUCCCACUCUCCUGCAACUUCGAAAUCUCUUCUUCUUCGUUCUGUCCGAGUAAGCUUUAGGUGGAUUCUGCGAUGAUUCCUUCACUUUAUGCAUCCAAAUGGGGAAAAAUGAUCUCUGAUUAUGAUACCAUCUCUGAUCAUCAUUCGUUCAAGCGUGCCAAAAAAAAGGAAGGAAAAAUAUAGACCUUUGGCCUGAGUUCCCCUUAGUUCUGUGGAGCUACAAGGAGUCAAAUCCUGGCUUCUGUUAUUAUUAUUAUUAUUAUUAUUAUUAUUAUUAUUAUUAUUAUUAUUAUUAUUUGUGAGGGGACUGAAAUCUGAAGCUUGUACAUCCGUGGGAAUGUUCAAUUUUACGGCUUUAAUGAUGUACUGAGACAAAUUUGGUAUCGUUUCAUGAAAAUUGACAAAUUUGUGCAUAAUUGUGCCUCUUUUCCAGUCUGAGGAUCUUCUAAAAUGCCACAGAUUGAGCUUUGUCACCUCAUCCUUGGAAAAUAAACCAGAAAUCCCUACCCCCGAGGAUGUGAAUUCAAGUUUCAAAGAUCAAGAAAUCCAGAAGCCAGAGGAGGAGAAAGAAGCAGAAGAAGAAGAGGAAAAAGCAGAAGAAGAAGAAGCAGAAGAAGAAGAAGAAGAAGAAGAAGAAGAGAAAGAAGAGGGCGAGAAGGUUGAGAGCCAAUUGAUGAGCGGGCUCCUCUUAAGCCCAUCUUCUGCAUAUCGGAUUGCUGCCUCUGCUGCCUCGUAUCUCCAAUCUCAAACAAGGACCAUCCUGCCAUUCAAGCCAGCAAGAACAGAGAUGGUCACGAGUUCAUCCACAGGAAGUACUAGAGAAGAGGAUGAAAUGGAACCCACUAGCUCUUCAGUGGCUUCCUUUGUGGCGACCACAAGCUCUGUCACCGCAGUCGUCGCUGCAAAGGAGGAAACAAAGCUAGUAAUUGCCAAUGAUCUGAAUUCCUCAGCGUCCUCGCCUUGUGAAUGGUAUAUCUGUGAUGAUAAUAGCAUUGGAACCAGAUUCUUCAUCAUUCAGGUGCUACUCUCUCCUCAGCAUCCUGUCCUAGCCGACAAUCCAUAUGAUUGCUAAUCUGGGCUCUGAGAUUUCAGGGAUCUGAUUCUAUAGCUUCUUGGAAAGCAAAUCUCCUCUUUGAGCCUGUUCGAUUUGAGGUAAUGUUUUCCAUGCCUGUCUUUAAUCCUUAACAAUUUCUCUUUAAUUUGGGUCAAAUCGAUGUGGGACUACUUCGAAGCCAUGCUCAACUUAUGAAAAACUUAGCAUCAUCCUAAUCCUGCCGAUUAAAUAUGAAACAAAAAACCUCUGCCCACAUGAACCAGCAAGAAAAAAAUUGCCCUUUUAUAGUAACUACACCCUUGAUCUUUGCUGUCUAGGGAUUAGAUGUGCUUGUGCACAGAGGUAUCUACGAGGCGGCUAAAGGGAUUUAUCAGCAACUGCUGACAGAAGUCCGGAACCACUUGAAUGCCCGUGGAACCUCCGCCACUCUCCGCUUCACCGGUCACUCUCUUGGGGGCAGUCUUUCUCUGCUUGUGAGUCUCAUGUUACUGGUAAGGGGAGAGGUGCCGCCCUCAUGCUUGCUCCCUGUUGUAACAUUCGGGUCCCCAUAUAUCAUGUGCGGAGGGGACUACUUGCUUCAGAAGUUGGGCUUGCCUCUGAAUCAUGUCCAAGCCAUAGCAAUGCACAGGGACAUCGUGCCGAGAGCUUUCUCCUGUAGUUAUCCAGAUUAUGUGGCCGAGAUUCUCAAGGCCCUCAAUGGGAAGUUCCGAGAUCAUCCGUGCCUCAAGAACAAGGUGAAAAUUUUCUUUCUUGGAUCUUCAUAGGAUAUGAACCGGGUGAUUGGUUUCUGCUCUUCUCCAUGCUGAUAAAUGAACUUAUUAUGUUUUUUCUGCAAAAUAAUUAUCUGGGUCAUCCUCAUCUUGAUAGGAUAUUCUGAAAAUAUGAAAAGGGUAAUUGGUUUAUUUUGUUUUGCAUGCGAUCAAUUCAUCUGGGUCAUCAUCUACAUCAUGAUCUGGUUUCUGCUCUUCUUCAUGAUGAUUAUGAAUUAGUUACUUUUUCUGCUGCAAAAUUAAAAAAAAUCAUUUCUGUCGUUCAAAUUUUUCCGGAAUAAUUCAAAAAAAGAUUAGAUUAUCUGUUCGUUCUGAUUCUGUUCUCAAACAGAAAUUUCUAUACGCUCCCAUGGGAGAGCUUCUGAUCCUCCAGCCAGAGGAGAGGUAUUCUCCACACCACCACCUUCUUCCUCCCGACAGCGGCCUCUACUCCCUCGCCGGCGACCACCAGAGGACGCUUCUCGCCGCCGCCCAAUCCCUGUUCCUCAACUCUCCCCAUCCUCUGGAGAUCCUCAGCGACCGCGCCGCCUACGGCUUCGAAGGAACCAUCUAUAGGGACCACGACGUCCACGCCUACGUGCGGUCCAUCCGCGCCGUCAUCCGCCGAGAGCUCGAUUCCGUCCGGAAAGCCAGGAGCGAGCGGCGGCGGCGGCGGCGGACAUGGUGGCCCCUCGUGGGUCUGGGGGGGAUCGACGGCAGGCUCCAGCUCAGCGUCUCCGUCGUGGUGGAGGGCGGAAGGGAGUCGCUGAGGAGGCUGGGGCAGCUGGUUAUCUCAAGGCAUCUGAACCUCCUCCUCGUGUUCCUCCUCCCUGCGAAGAUCCUGUUCAUGGGCGGAUCUACUUAG